AUGCCCUUGCCGAGGCGCCGGUCGUCCUUCCUGGGGCAGCAGCCCUCCACCUCCGCGGCCGAGAGCUCGGGGCCGCCCGGCCGCCGGGUCAGCGUCGGCGGCGGGGGCAGCCUGUCCCGACCCCCCGGCGUCUACGUGGGCACCGUCCCCACGGGCGGCGUGAGCAGCCUGGGCACCCGAGUGUCCCGUAGAGCCCUGGGCAUCAGCAGCGUCUUCCUGCAGGGCCUCCGCAGCUCCGCCGCCGCCGUGCCCCUGGCCCCGGGGCUGGACAAGGGCAGGGCGCUCUCCUACGAAAGCCUGAACGGCUGCUUGGUGGAGUACAUCGAGAAGGUGCGAGCUCUCGAGCAGGUCAACCAGGAGCUGGAGGAGCACAUCAGAGUCUACCUGGACAAGAAGGCGGCCAGCGUGGGCAGCUGGGGAGCGCUGCGGGAGAACUGGGAGGCGAUUUACCACCAGGUGGGUGAAGCAGUCCUUGAAAAUGCUCGUCUUAUGCUGCACACCGAGAAUAUUCAAGCCUGUGCUGAAGAUUUUAAAGACAGGUAUGAAAAUGAGCAGCCAUUCAGAAAGGCAGUGGAAGAUGAAAUUAAUUCCCUAUAUAAAGUGAUUGAUGAUGCUAAUUUAACUAAAAUGGAUCUGGAGAGUCAGAUAGAAAGCAUGAAGGAAGAGCUAACUUUGCUGUCAAAGAAUCAUGAAGAAGAUGUGAAGGUAUUAUACAAGCAGCUUGCUGGAUCUCAGCUGGAAGAACUUGAUGUUCCACUGGGAAGUGGCCUGGAUGACAUUCUGGAAAAAAUCAGAAUCCACUGGGAGAGAGACAUUGAAAAGAAUCGUGCUGAGACAGGUGCCCUGCUCCGUACCAAGCAACAGGCUGAGACGACGGCGGCCGUGCGAACCCAGGAGGAAGAGCUGGUGGAGGGCCUCAGAACCGAGUUCCACGAAACUGCCUGCAAAAUACAGAGCCUGCAAGCAGAAACAGAAUCUUUGAGAACCUUGAAGAGGGGUCUGGAGAAUUCUUUAUAUGACGCCAAGCACUGGCACGACAUCGAACUGCAGAACCUAGGCUCUGUCAUUUCCAAGCUGGAGGCAGAGAUGGGAGAAAUCAAAGUAGAAACCGAGCAGCAGCAGAGGGAUCGUGAAAAUCUGCUGACUAGCAAACAACAGCUGGAGAAAGACAUUGCUGCAUAUCACUGCCUCCUGGAUGGAGAGCAAAGCAGCUGAUUAUGAAACUCCCAGCCCACAGAAGUCCACUGCCAUUAAAGCAAAAGAUGUCACUGCCAAUUAUGUUCGUGGAAGCUAAAAACCCAUCAAAGCAGCCUGCUUUAUUCAGUUUGAUUCAACAAUCAAAGUAGGUUGUAGCUUGAACAACUUUAUUAGACCCUCUUCAUGUAAUUGCUUUGCUUACAGAUUUCAAUUUACUCAUGUUGUUAAAAUUAUAAUAAAAAUAAAGAAUAUCAGGCUUUUGUUUGAUUUUUUAUUUCCUUCAAGCAUUUUUCAUGAUAGCUGGAGGGGGUUGUAUUAAAAAUACCAGGUCUCCAUUUCCCACCAAGUAAACUCUUUCUUUUCACAGUACAAAUAUAUCAAGACUGAGCUACCCCUCCAGUGUGUACCCAACACCCACAAGGAAAUGACGAGUGCUCUGUUGUGUCACGAGACCAUCAGCUCAGUAGUGUGAAAUGUAAUUCAAAUAAUGCCAAAUGAGUUAAGUGCACUGUGCACUCAAUGUGAUUAAUUUUGCAACAUGUAAACCAGCAGAACCAUUAAUCCAAGCAUCCCAACAGAACUUUAUAAACACAUUUUUAAGUCUAGACUAAACUUCUGGAAAAGCUGAAGGUGCAGGAGAGCAAUAGUAGUUCUGCCUGCAUCCAGGUUACAUCCUUUUACUGUAUACUGAAAGUCCAAGCCAGGGUAUACGUUUCUGCAAAUUUGAUACUUUUUGAUUUAUUGAUAUAUUUUUAUAUUUAUUUUUAUAUGGUUGCUCUUUCUUAAUAUCAACAUCUCUCCAAAGCAGGUCAGCCACACUUCUUUUGAACAGGAACACACAUAGCAUCACCCUGUUGGCUGACCUUAGGUUGUUUCCUGUAUUUAGAUGGCAUCACGAGGAAAAAGAUUGGCCAUCUUUCACUUUUUACUUUUUUUAAUAUUUUAAACAUUAGUAACCUCAUUGUAUUGCAUGUGCAGUAUGGUCACAUAAAAUACCAAGAUGGAUCUUGCAUUUUCAGAGAAACAUAACGAACCUUAACUCCUAUCACACAAAAUUUUAGGCAGAUGGCUCGCUUUCCUUCACAAGUUUCUGCACAGCAAUGAAGUUAAACAUAUAUGUGUUUGUUGGAUUGGAACUUCACAGGACCAACAGUUACACCGGGUGGCAACACAGUUCAUUAAAUGGACUCAAAGACUACUGAGAAAUGGCAUAUGUUAGAGAACACAAUGGCAUACAGCACAUACAAGAAGUAGACUUUAGAUAUUUUGAUUUUUAAUUGAAAUACUAGCUAAGAAAGCUACUUAGAUUUUAAUGACUGAUAAAAUCAAAUACCCUCAGAAUCCACUGAACUUGAUCCACUGGUGAAUUACAGGAAUUGGCAAAAAAGUGUUCUCAUGCCUUUCCUUGUGCAUUCCCCCCACACAUGAAAAAUCCUUCCUUAUGCGCUGCUUGACAAAUGAUCCUUCAUUUAAUCUCUGUAAAAAGUCCAUCUGGCAUGUAC